UUACAGCGGGCGCUGCGUAUGGUUAGUGCUGCAUCACCGCGGAACUGUUUUUCUGCUUGAAUCUCCGCAAAAACACAAAUACGAACAUAAACCCCGGCCUGUUUGCUGGCAAACUUAAAUUAAAAUUGUGACUGCAGAAAUUACCCAUUAACCACCAUUAUCAUUCUUGUGUAUUCCCAAUCGGCAUGGGCUCUCAUCUCUCAACAUCUGAUUUUAUUGAGUUUUGCAUCUUUUUACUUGUAUGUACAAAUAAUAGUACAAUGUAGAUUAAAAUAUGGAAUGCCCGUCGCCGUUAAAGGAGCAAUCUUUCAAUUCUCCGAGCAGGAGCUCGUUGCCGCGUUUUUGUGAUUAGUGGAUUAGUAGAUGUUGCAAAACCUGAUGGUUUGAUAUCUGGAAUUAUCAUUUCCGCUUUGCGAUAUUUCUUCUGAGAUAACUGAAAUGGCUUCGAGGGAAAUCAGAAACCAGAUCGACAAUCUGAGGGAUGUGCUGGAGCGUGAUGACUCCCGCAUGGAAUACGAUGCGUGCGAGAUUGUUGCACAGAUUCAGAAUGUUGCGUUGCAAGAGACCGGUCUGCAGGAACUGAGCGUGAUAAUGCCGUUGCUGGUCAAAGGAGAAAAUAGUUUGCUGAGCGCUGUGAGCCAUCUCGCGGGAGAUACGAAAUCGAAUACAGUUCAAGAUGUUUUGGAUUUAUUAUGCAAGCUGCUGGAAGCCGUGGAAAACCAAAACAUUGCACGGGAGACGAUCCUUAUGCAGCUGAAAGAUUUAUGGGGGUUUGCGGAUCUCAUCAUCAGGUCCAAUUCUUCCGCCAAAAUUCGAACAUCGGCUGUGAUGCUGCUUACACUCGUGUUCAGAUUGUCCUUCAACUCGGAGCAGUUCGGCACUUUGGACGUCCCCAGUACAGUCAAGUGGUUGGUGAAUGAAUGCAAGCGUAACUACAAAUAUCUCCCUGCUACAGUUAAGCAGAUCUUUUAUGGCUUUUUGGGACAGAUCGCACAGAAAGUCCCAGCGGAAAUCGACGAUAGUCUUAUUGAUGCUCUUCUCCAUGUAUUCUUUAAUGAUCUCCAAACAGAAAUUAAAAGCUCAAAGCCUGAAUGUCCGACCAUUGCUGGGUGUCUGGACGGCCUUUCCGGAUUGUUGCAUCACUUCUCAAAUAGUGAUAAAUGUGUGAAAAACAUGGAUGUAAUCGUAACAUCUUGCCGAAAAAUUAUUCAUGCUCGCGAAGUGUCUCGAUAUGCCAUGGUCGUCUCAGCGCUCAAGCUGAUAUCGCAACAUCGCGGUUUAUUGGUCCCUCACUUUCUGGCUAAACAGGAGAUGUAUACUGAAAUCUACUGCGAUUUGUCGUACUGGGCUGCCCAUCCAGCAAACCGAGACGUUCAAAAACAGGGAUCCAGGACUCUGGAUGAUUACCUUAGAGAAUGUGGACGCUCAGUUGCUGCAGGCAGCAAACUGAAAAAUCGCGUGGAAAAUGCAAAACUAGCUUACGACUUCUUCAUCCAAGAGUUCGAUUCAAAGAUAAAAGAGGCAAAAGGCUACCGAAACCUUACACUGGCUGUACGUGGAUAUGGAUAUUUUGCCGCAGCAACGGUGGAAUUAGCCUCCCGUGAAACCAUUGACCGCAUGUUUACGGAGAUGAUUUACAAAAGCGAGCAGAUGUUUUUUACGUCGAAUUCGGAAAGCACUGACGAUAAGCUGGCAAAUUUACCGGGUUUUAUUGAAAGUUUGUCCAUUAUGAUCAAGGACGGUGAAACUGGCCUGCCGGAUACUUUCCAACCGGCUGUUCAACGAUUGUGCAUUCUGUUGAUGGACAUGUUCCCCAAGCUGGGCUUACCACAUCAACAUCUUGCUUGUAAAGCAGUUGUGAAGCUUUUUCUAGUGGCUAGUCAUUCGUCAACUUACGCGGGGGAAUUCAUUUCCGAAAUAAUCUACCAGGGAGUUAUACGGUCGUGUUCCUAUCCUGUUCCGGUAGAUAGCUUGGAAUCCGAAAUAUCCGGUGUACGGAAGCCUCCGAAGCCUACAAAUUUCAAGGACUUUUUUCCGUUGUGGGAAAAGUUGGUCAACUGCACUUAUAUGAAGGACGUGCUGAAUGAUUUUGGGAUCUCAGAAAUGGAUUUGCUUGGUGUCUCAAGAUUGAUUUUCACCGAUCUUCUUGCUGCGGCAGCUCGUAUUAUGGAUUCCUUGAAUCUUCAGCUUCUUUCUACGGUUCCAGAAGAUGACUCCAUCGCAGUUGAUGUGAUUGCUGUGGAUAAAGCUCCGUUGAAGGAGCAGGAUUUUCAGAUUUUCUUUUCCCUGGAACAGAUAAUCAAGAACACAGUGAGCAAAGCCAAAGUGGACGUCCUCUCAACUGGAACCAAUGAAAUAUGCCACAAGAUCAUCAGUAUGUCCGAUCGGCAUCCGCUGGUACCGGGCCUCUACCGGUUCCUUUCCGUUUUUUGGAACUGUGAUCGUAGAUUAAAACUUAUCCCCAGUUUGAUGGAUGAGGAAAUGGACACCGAUGUGAUCAUGACGGAGGAGCCUUCUCCAACCUCAGAGCCUUCUAACCGUACUGCUGCUUUUGUUGCAAAAGUUACUGGAAGGGUCCAACAUUUCUUUGGGGAUUUACUGGUGUCUGCUCUGUGCGCUGUUCUUGAUGCCCCUGAGAAUGCGCUGAUUGAAGUACUGAAGGAAAAUCGUAUGAUUUUGGACCAGCCGCUGUUUUUGGCUUUGCAGACCGCCCAGAGUGACCUUUAUUUUGCUGAAAAUGUUGUGAAAACUCUGUACCGAUGGUGUAUCGACUGGACCAUCCCUUUGCCACUCAUGCAACCUUAUUUUGCUUCUGUGAUUCCUCAGUUAGAUAGUUUUCUUCGCGGAAACGCCGCAGCAUUUCGGGAGCGCUCAACUGUUGUUACUGAUGGAAUAGUGUCGAAGAAAGGCAAAAAAGAUAUGGAUUUGGAUGGAGCGGUGCUUGAUCGCGUUCGACUCAUUGUUUUAGAUUUUUUGGGCGCCUUGGGUGGAAAAUAUAAUCAUUUCGUUUUGGAAGCAACCCGACUCGACGAAACAGAGAAUGCGGCUGUUGCUUGGGAUAUGGAGAAGCAUAUGAAUUUUAAAUUCCCAUUUUCCGAUGUGAUACUGAGUAAUUUCUUCCUGGAUGACUUGCUGCCAAGGGUGAUUGACUUAGCCAUGCACUGCCCAGAUAGGAGGACUAAAGUUGCGGCAUGCGAGGCGUUGCACGCUAUGACAGUUACGUUGGUUGGAAACCAUGCAUUCAUGCCCGAUGAUAGACGAAGCAAAUCAACAUUGUUAAAUUUGAUUCAGAAACUUAUGCCGAAAUUACUGGAAUUGGCAUGCGAUGCGGAACCGAUUGCAAAACAGAUUUUUGAACCGUUAUUACUGCAGAUCAUUCACUGGUACUCGAGGAAAUCAGCAAUGGCUACCAAAGAGUCGGCAGCGGUGCUGGAAUGUGUUAUGGAAGGAUUGAUUAGCGAGAGAAAUCCGGUCGUACGAGAUUUCUCAGCCCGAUGUGCUCAGGAAUAUUUGGAAUGGUCCUUGAAAGAUACUCGUCCCGGGGAAAUGUCUGUUGCCACUCGGUCACUGCUAGAAAAAAUCAUCAGCUUUGCCAGUCACUCUUCGGCCGCAAAACGGUUUGGAGCUGGAUUAGCGUUUAGUCGAUGCUACCGGAUUUUUCGAGAAAAUCCCAUGUCCGUGGACAUUUUCACUAUUGAUCUGGUAGUAACUUUUACCAAAAGUCUGGCUAUUGCUCACCGUGACAAUGCGGGAAUGGGGACGGAAAAGUUAAUGGAAAGCUGCCUUGAACAUCUGGAAAAAAUUGUGGGAAAAUAUGUAAAGAAACUGCAGAAACCGACUACUCACCGACGCAGGCCGGCUGAUUUGGAGGAAGCUACUGUAGAGCAUCUGAUCAAAUGGCUGUUCCUACAGAGCUGUCGACCGGAAAUGGCUUGCCGCAUGAAAUCGUGGACAUUACUGGAGGCAGUGAUACGGACAUCCCAAAGUUCGUCUAAUGCUGCGAGCUUUUUCGAUGACCUCAAGAAAACUCAAGGUUUAUCCUGGCUUUUGCGUACGUUUUUGAAUGGUGGUUUCACCGCCGAGGAAGAUAAUCAUCUUUUAACAGUCGAAGCUGUUCAAAGUGGAUUGGACAGCCCGGGGGAGUGCUUGCACACUCUCGAACGUUUGGCAGCGGCUGUCGAUUGCUUUGCGUGGGCAUUAAGGGAAGCGUAUAUCAAUCCAGGAGGUGCCGCUAAAACCGUCGAAUGGAAUAAAUUAUUUCAGAUGAUUGGAGAAUUUAUGGAGAGAAUUGGCAGUCGUUCAUGUGUUCUGUUCAGUUCGGAAGAUUCUGUCGUGCAGCGAAUGAAGUGCACUUUAUUGAUACGCAUUACGGAUCUGAUUAUUUACGUUCUUAUGAAGUAUGGAAAAGAAGGUCGCAUUUCUCUACCUGUUAAUUUGUGGAAUGAAGAUUUCCUUUCUGCUACGGCAAGCCUGAUACUGAAUCCGGCCGCAAUGGGAUUUGACUUAAGCGAUCCGGAAGUGAAAAGUGGAUUGAACCAACAAGUCAGAGCGUUUUUAUCCGCAUUGACGGGAUCGCUGGAGCCGAAAACUAUUCGUGAGUUAGGAGAAACAAUUGGGAAGUUAAUGGUUCAGCCGAAGUACGAUAUACCGUUAUGGAUGGAUAGUGAAAUUGAUAAUUUCCUGUUUGAGAGUUACGCUGUUCUUCGAGAUUCACGUUUAGAUUUUCGUUAUCUGGAGUCGAAAGGUAUGAAAGAUGACCCGAAAACGUUUGGACUAACGCUGCUGGAUAUUGUUGAUGAACGACUGAAAAGGGGAUUCAAAGCGUGUGGAUCUCGAUUGGAAUCCUGGUUGACGACCUCCGUCAGAAAAGAACAGCAGCUGUUUCUACUGGCGCUGAGCUACAUGGAUGGAAUUAAUGAGAUAGUGGGGAAAUAUUUCUUGGGAUCAACAGAUCGGGAUAUAUUUUACCCAAAGGUGAAACGGCCAUUUUUCAAAUAUAUUUUUGACUUGAAUGGAAAACACGCGGUGGCGCAAGGAAAGUUUUUGGAGUUGAUAUUUCGUCAUAAGCAGUUAAAAGUUGUCAACGAGAUCAUCAGGGACUGUCUGGAAUAUGUGGUCAGUUAUAGAGCUUUCCGGAAACAGAAUGGUCCAAACUUCUGCGCGAUGGUGGUGCAGUAUUUGGGAUCGUUUUUGGACAUAUACAUAAAGACUUUUAGCAGCAUUGAAGAUUACCGGAUUCCAUUAGAGAAUCUGAAACUUUUGCUUUUUAUUGAUUCCGGGAUUUUGAAACAGUCAUCGCCCGAGAUUUCGAAGGUUAUGGACUUUUAUGUGUCGGUCUUGACCCGCGAUGUUGCCAGUGAUCAGUCUAUUGUGUCGGUGAAGAAUUAUGCAUUAAGAUUGCUGCCCUUUUUCCUCUCCGCUGCAGACGUCCAUAGAGUGGAAGAAGCUAUCCAAAUGAUGUAUGUAAACGAUUUUCCCGUGACAGCUGCAGAAAUUUCCUCAGAUGCUACUCGAAGAGCGUAUUACCUGCAAGCCGUUGACCUUUUGCUGAAUGCUGUCCCGUUAAAUGACAAUCGAGUACUUCUGGAAGUUUGCGUCAAAAUCAUUUGCCGAGACCAGAACCAUCCGCUAGUGGAUCGCUUCGACCAGAUGUUUCAGAGUAUUUGCUCUAUGGAUCGUGGCGAGCACACGCAGGAUAUGAUGGAUAUCCCAUGGAAAAUUUUUGUUAAUGUUCAGUAUGCUGUAGAGCACCGAGAAAUUGCUGUGGAUAAAGUACUUCUGCCGAUGAUCCGGUCCACAUCUCAGUCGGCACUAAUGGAAUUUUUUGCUCGACACGUGGAAAAAAUUUGCGAGUUGCUGGAGAUGAAACCCCGAGUUCCUACUCUGGGUUUGACGAUUGAGCAGAAGUGCUGCUUGGAAUUAAUGGAGAUUUUCUGUUCUCGCACACCGAAAGCUGAUCUCUUUUCGGCGGUCUCUCUUGUUUCGAAAUCUUUUGCCAAAUAUCGGGCAGAAACGGAUGGGAAGCCGAUUGCCAAUCCAACUGGAAAAGAGCUUAUUCAGUUUUUGACUCGGACAGCGGAUGGUUUAGCUCAUGAAAACGUGGCUGUGAAUCCGGAACUGAAAGAAGCUCGACGGACAUUGCACUGUGCAGCAUAUAAGGUCUUAGCAGCUGCGGUCACCGCUACUCAAACGGAGUUGAGGUUUUAUCACAGAUGUUUAUUCGAAGAGAAGCCCGAAACAGGAAGAAUUCUAUGGAGUAAUUUGGUGGAUGUUGACACGGUUUACGAAUUUCCUGUAGAGUUCAUUAAGUCACCUGAAAGACGGGAAUUACUGGCAGCGGUGCAUAAGGAAAUGACGGAUGAGACUGAUUCAAAUUCCUCGUUAACUGCCGGCAUAUUCACGAUGACAUCAUACAUGUCGGCACGGGCGUCGGCAGCUUCCUUGAUUCAGGCCAGCAGUCUGGGUGAAGAGAUUGGUCGGUUUGAUUAUUCGACCGGGAUGGAUCGUAGAUCGAUUCCGCUGAGUGUGUUAGAAGAAAACGCAACCAGGAAAUCCAAAGAAUCCGUCAUUCUGGAAAUGAAUGAUCUCAAUUUGAAUGAAUGCAUGGCCACAUUGGUUGCCAUUGUCCAGAUGAUGGCCGGAAAGGGUAUUUCUCCCAAGAGCGGACCGACACCAGACUGGGUCGUGGCGUUGAAACAAAAAAUCCAGAAUCCUAUUGGUCAUCUGAAUGUGAAACUUUUUAUUGCGAAAUUGAUUGUGAAUGUGGAAAAUUCCAAACAGCCCUUUUUUGUGGGAUUUGCUGAUGAUUUGUAUGCGCCAUUGGUAGAUCUGAUCUCCAAUAUCCCAAAUCCCGACGGGUUGAAUUAUUUUACCGUUGAUCUGGUUGAAACCAUGUUGAAAUGGACUUUGACAUCACCGCCUCGGAUGCUUGCACAAAGCGCCGCUCAGAAUUUGUUUAUCUUUAUUUUGAAAAAUGUUCCGCAUAAGAAUUCUCAGGUGCAAAAGAACAAUCUAACAUUGCUGAAAGUGAUGGCUGAAGCUUGGCGCAGCUUGUUGACCAGCCCAGCCAAAAAUGUUGUAUCCAGUUUGCUGACGAACGAUCCUGCCCAAGCGAAAUCGAACCUGGUCGUUAUCAGCAUUAUUGCUGUCAUCUUGCAUGCCAAACUGCCGUUGAAUAGCGGUGUCUUUGAUGAAUUCCAAAGAGUCCUGAUUCUCCACAUGAAAACCGCUUCCGCCCCCGUCUACCGGGCUAGCGCUUUGGCCUUCGGAUUGCUAAUUACUCGAGCUGAAGAAGAUGAAGUUGAGCGAGCAAGGAUCGAAUCCGCUGUACUGGAAGCUGAUAAGAAACUGGACCAGUUAUAUGACGAGCAAAAGCCGAAGAAUCAGCCUGCAGCGGAAAUGCAGUUUAUGGUUAUGCUCCGAGAAUUCCACAAAAGUUGUCCCCGAAUGGUCGGCCGACACCUACGCCGCAUCUUGAAUAUAUUCCCUCAGCUUUCGGGAGAGAAAACUAAGACAAUAUGUCUGGAAAUCUUGAACAGUUCGACAUUUGACAAUCCAUUUCUUGAAUUUAGGGUAGCAAACAUUGACAAGUGCUUUACAGACAGAAAUGAAAGCGUUCAGGGAUUGGUAGUUCAGUUGUACAGAACAGUAUCUGCAAGGCUGACGACAAAAGACUUUAUUGAACUUCUCGACUGGAUGAAGCCGCUUUGCUCCCAUCCCAGUCCUAUACUACGACAGCAAGUGUAUGAUUUCUGCAUGCGAAUCUAUGAACGAUUUGAAAGCGCUUCGAAUACGGAUGAAAAACGGGUACUCCAGGCAGCGCGAGUCCUCCUGACUUCGGGCCUAACGGAUAAAGACAAGAUUGUGCGCAAUAAUCUGUUUACUUUUUGGGCGCAAGACCGACGAUUCUCUGGGUCGACUUUCGUUCGCCUGAUGACCAUCUUCAAAACUUUUUUGGAACCUGAAGUGCAGUCGACAUUUCUUUCCUCUGCUUGUCAUCUGCUGUUGGAGCUGUCGGCUAAAACACCUCAGUUUGGCCUUCCUGUGUUUCCAAGCGCCCUGUCGGACUGUGAAUUUUUUAAGCAGGAAAUUGAAACCACUUGGCGUGGUCGUUCGUCCAUGAUGCCAGUGACUGCCAGUACGUACGCUGGAGGAACUUUUUCCGGUACGUUCGGGUCAGCUCGCGUCGGCCAGCGGGCACCGGUGUUUACGCCGACACAGAUUGCUACAGUUAGCGCAAUGGACAGUCUGGCCAGUUCGGGAAUGCACACGUAUGGGUCGCAGUUUUCCGAAGCUUUAAUGGUGGAAAUGCCAUCGCGAAACUUAUUCGGUGGUUCGGGAGAUGCCUAUCAAAUAUCCCAGGAGGACCGGGCUCGUUUUGAGCAGGAACAAACGCAGAAGGAGUUGAAUAGCAUCCGUCGGCGUGUUCAACGGGACAAACAGGAUGCCAGUUUGUUUUUUGCCAAACGCGCUCUGACCCUACAGAAACAGCUGGAAGAAAGUUUGAAAAAGGAACGAGAGCGUAGAGACCUGGAAGUGAAACUAUCGCGCAUGUACAGAGUUGGUGAGGUACCGGAUGUGAUGAUCACCCAUUCCGCCAUCAUCCAGCCAUUGCAAACUCUAACUCAAUUGGAUCCACACACAGCUGGACUGUUAUUGAUCAGGUUAUUUCAUGGAAUCAUUCAAGAAAGCAAGAAAAGACGCGAAAUUGUGGAUAGUGAGCUGGACAAAGUGGUGGAAAGAUUGGAGAAAAUUUUUGACGACGAACGUGUGUCGGAUGUGACCUUUUUAACCAGCAUGCUGAAUAUUGUUAUUUCAGAUGAGACCCGAUUGUUGGGAUCGGUUUCUGCUCGAAGUAUCGGUUCGGCUGCGGUAAAGUCCCAGCAGCCUCAUUUAGGUAUUGCCGUGCUGGAGACUGCGUUAUUGAAGCAGACUAGUGAACCGUCCGCGAAACGCGGGGUUCAGAAAGCGUCGGAUUACUGGCUCAACGUGUUCAAACUACUGCAGAAUGUUGGUGAUACCGACUCAACUCAGGGCGUGAGAUUGGAAGACGUUUUCAGUCGAGCUGAUAACGUGCGGUUAGCUCUUGAUGCAGAAAUUCGCGGCGACUUGAAUGCAGCAAUGAGCCUUUACGCUGAACUUUACACAUCCGAGGACGGGUCUGAUCAGAGUGUUCAGUUGCUUCAAGAAUCGUAUAUGAGGUGCUUAAAUUCUCUGGCCAAUUGGAACGAUCUGGAAGCGGUUUCCUUACCUGAGAGCAAGCUGGACGAAGAAACAAUGGAUCGCAUAUGGAAGGAGCCGUUUUUCACCGACGUUGCUAUGCCCUAUGCGGUUCAAAGUCUUUUGAAGUUGACACUGGAAAACCAUCCUCCUUCGAUUGCUAUUUUGAAAACGUUCUUUGACACCGCAACAGCAAAUGCCCAGAGAAAAGAUAUACUGGAAAGACGCUUCGCUUUACCUGCAGGAAUAUUCUGCAUUCAACAGAAGCAGCCGCAACACGCUGAAUACUACCUUAAACUGGCCAGUCGGUCAUUUCUGGAAAACUGGGCGGGUACACCACAACUGAAUCUAUACAGUCGCAGAAAAUAUUUGCCACUGAUGCAGCUUAUUAACGAAGCUCGACGCAGUGUUGUUGUCCAGAAGAAAUGCGAACUCUACCCGGACAAUGAACGCAAUUUAAAGGAGAGUUUUAUGAAUUAUUUGGUUGAUGACCACCGUGAGCCAAGUGAUAUGGACAGCGUUGGUGUAUGGAACGAUUUGAUUGUCAAUCGGUGUUUUUUUGUCAGGAACAUGGCCCAGUCGUCUUUGUCGAAGGCAGCCGAUGCAGUGGAGAGUUUUGUAGUCCACGAGAAUCUAAAAGUGGCCACUAGUGCUGUGCGCCACCAUAACUUCCGCGUUUCUGAUCAGAUCAUGAAGACAACGGUCUCCAUCAUGAAAAACAUUCCAGAUAGCGAAUAUUAUGCUUCCCCGGAUUUGCCGCUGAAACGUCUCCAAGACCGUUGGGGACAAGUUUACAUUUCUGGCGCUCUGGAAAGAGCAUCAUUUUAUUGUACCGCUGAUGAAGCCGAGAAGAAUUUGGUGAAGUUGUUCGAUGCGUUGCGUUUGGCGGAAAAAGCUAUCCCAAACGCGGAUCCCAGCAGUAAAGCGGCCCUAAAGGUCACGGUGUGCCGCCUUCGAAAUACCAUUGUGUCUGUGGUAAUUGAAUGCGAUGGCGAAAUGGAGCUUGAUAACAAACGAAAAGCAGCGCUUGGUCUGCAGAAGGAUGAUAUUUCUGGGUUAUAUCCUCAAAUUUUUGAAGACCUGCGAAUAAGCUGUCAAGAAUUACCCGAACACCCAGCGUCAGCUGAAUAUCUGUUGGAAGAAUUUCGGUUUUGCGACGGCUUGGUGGGACGAAAUGUAAUUGCUGAUGUGCAGUUGGUGGAAUGCGGUACUGCUGCUUUAUUGCGUGCCAUGAAACUCGGCAGUGUUGCAGCGCGGGGUUUGUUCAGUCGACUGCUAGUGUGGAUUACGGAGCAUCCACAGAUUGUGGACGGCUUCCGAAAGGGAUGCAAAGACAUUCCAGUUUGGAUGUUCCUGUCGUGGACCAAUCAGAUGCUAGCUUUGGUGGACAAGAAAGAAGGGAUUGCGGUGCAUGAUAUAUUGGUUCGUUUGGCUGAUGCCUAUCCGCAGGCGAUGGUAUAUGGAUUUCGAAUCAGCAAGGAAGGUUACGUAUUUGAGGAGAGCAAGAGCGGGGAAGUUAAUCGCAAAGCAUGUGAUAGGCUGUCACAGAUACUGAAUUUGCCGCUUGUCAACGAAUUUAUUCGAAACCUGGAGCUUCUGUACCCUCCGCAUUCGUUUUUCGCCGAUUUCGCCAAAAAAGCGGAACUCAUGGUGAAAGAUAAAAAGAAUGACCUAUUGAAGCGGGAGUUUGAAGAGAUUUACGGGAAAGUUUUGGCGGAAGAUGCGGUCUCUUCGCUCAAUCCCACGUGGAAGAAUUUUAUCAAGGAUUCCCGCGAAAAGAUUUUAACCCUUUUUGGCACUGCCGGAAAAAAGAUUCCGAAGUUAAAGUAUUCACAGUUCAAGGCCGAUAAGGUGAGAUUCGAGGAAUGGUUAAAGGAUCAAGCAGAAAAGAAUAAGAACGAGGACUUCACCAAACUUUCUCAAAUUAACCCGUGGUUGACGAGAUUUACGUCGUUGAACUAUGAGGAGAGUUUGGAAAUUCCUGGACAGUACAGUGGUCAGGAAAAGCCCAUUUUACAGCACCACGUGAAAAUUACGUCGUUUGGGGAAGAGAUUAUGACCUUGCCGUCUAUUCGCCGUCCUAUACGAAUAAUGAUUCGCGGUAAUGACGAGAAAGAUCAUUUGUUUUUGGUCAAAGGUGGCGAAGAUUUGCGAUUGGAUCAGCGUAUUGAACAGCUUUUUGAGUUAAUGAAUCGCGUUUUUGAGCAGGAUGCUGACUGUUGGAAGCGCAAUUUGAAGAUCACUACGUACAAAGUGGUACCGAUGACUACUCAAGUGGGCUUGAUUGAGUGGGUGCCGAAUACUACGUCCCUGAAGGGCUUUUUAUCGCAAAAUCAACCGAAAGAACUGAAAAUCGACGAAAGCUUCUCAGUUGCCAGAGAUGAUUUUCGACAGAAUCUUGUCAAAAUGGUUGCCAGCGCGUUAAAGAAAAAGAAAGAUGAUGUAACUGAGCGCACAGCGUAUCAACAGUCUUAUGGAGUACUGGAUCCAAGCGACAUGCCCCGACUCUUUCGGAAAUCAGAGCAAAAAAUUGAACCAUAUCUGCUGCGAUCUCAACUGGAAAAAUUAACUGUUUCUCCGGAUGCUUUUGUGAUGAUACGCAAUAUUUUCGUGGAGACCUAUGCGACUUUCAGUAUUGCUCAGUAUAUUCUGGGGAUUGGUGAUCGCCAUUUAAGCAAUGUUCUGAUAUCAACUGCUAAUGGCAGCAUCUUCCCGAUCGAUUUCGGACACGCUUUUGGAUCUGCGGUUCAGUUUUUGCCCAUUCCCGAAUUGGUGCCGAUUCGACUGACCCGGCAGCUGGUGAAUUUAGUGGCGCCUCUGUCUGUGGCGGGAAAAUUUAAGCAGAUUAUGAUUUUGGCACUGCGAGCAUUGCGGAAACAACAACAAAUUCUGUUGGCCACGAUGAAUGUCUUUAUUCAAGAACCGUCGGUGGACUGGUUGCACAAUGCCCGUAAAAGCGCUCCAUCUGGCGACAGUCCAGUGACGGAUGAUCUACGCUGGUUCCCGCGCGAUAAAAUCGCCAUUGCACAGCGCAAACUGCAAGGCGGAAAUCCGGCUUAUAUCACUCGCGACGAACUACAUCGGUCAGUGCUGGUCUCGGGGGAGAUUUUAGCUCAAAUGGAGAAAGCAUGUUUGGGCAGUGCUGAUUCUUUGCGCAGCAAACAGCCGGAAAUGAAUCUGGCCGUGGAUGUGCAAGUGGACUGUUUAAUCGAUCAGGCGCAGGAUGCCAAUCUGCUAAGCAGGAUGUACUGGGGCUGGGAGCCGUGGGUGUGAUUUUUUUCUGUGUUUUCCAUUACGGAUUUGAUGUUCCAUGAAGUUUUUUUGGUUUAAAAGGUUAUUCUGUUUGCGAUGAAUUGUAUUGUGAUGGAAAGUGAAAAAUUACUUUUCUAAGUGAGUCACUUGCACUGAGCGUAUGGAAGAUUUGUCCAGUGUUUUUUUCCGUUUUAUAGCGAUGAAGUGUCCGCAAAGUGUUAAAAUUCUUUAAAUAAAAGUAUUUGUGA